UGAAUUGUUAAUGGCUGCAUUAAUGAUUUGUUUGUGGUGUACCAAAACCUUGGGCCUCGAAUCUCAGCAAGCUCUUGCUUGCAUUGCAUUGCAUACUUCGUCAAACACAAACCCUAUGAAUAUGCAAAAGUAAACUCUGACUUUUUAUGCACAUUUGCUUCUUCCUUGGCAUCAUCUAACUACUCCAACCAACCAGAUUAUGUCUCACUUCUCCCCUUCCUCUUCGUCAUCAUGAAAUUCCUUGUCUACAUAAUUCUUGCAGCAUUGUUUUCCUUCACUGCUCCCAUCCAAUUGUUUGAGUAUUACCCGCAGGAACGGGAUUCAUUAUUGCAGCUAAGGAAUUCCAUGUCUUCCUCUCUGAAUCUGCAUGCAAAUUGGACCGGACCUCCGUGUAUUGGCAAUUUGAGCAGAUGGGUUGGCGUUGUUUGUUCGGAUUGGCAUGUCACCCACCUUCUCCUCCAAGGAAUCCACCUCUCAGCUUCUCUCCCUCCGGCAUUCCUACUCAACAUCACUUUCUUGAACAAACUCACCUUUACAAACAAUUCCAUCUCCGGACCUCUUCCCAAUCUCACCAAUCUCCUUCAUUUAGAGUCCGUAUUACUCUCCUACAAUCGCUUUUCCGGGUCCAUCCCUCCCCACUACAUUGAAUUGCCAAAUCUGAAGCAGCUAGAGCUUCAACAAAACUAUUUACAGGGCCAUAUCCCUCCUUUCGAUCAGCAUACACUGACAGAUUUCAACGUCUCUUUCAAUUACCUUGAAGGUUCAAUUCCUGAAACAAAUGUGCUUCAAAGCUUUUCACGGAGUUCCUAUGAUCAUAACUUAGAUCUUUGUGGCUUUCCAUUACAGCUAUGUCCGGUUCCACCUCCUGCACCUACGAUUGCGCCGCCACCACCACCUGCACCUACGAUUGCGCCGCCGCCACCACCCAUAAGUCCACCCAGAAACAGGAAAAACAAAUUUCCAAUUUGGAGCAUUGUUCUAAUUACAGUAGCAGCUGCCACAGUUACGUUCCUGCUUGCAUUCAUUGGCUUUUGUUGUUACAAGAAGGCCCAUAGGAAAGAAGCAGAAUCAGGGGAGACUCUUUCUGCAGGGUGGAAAGACAAGAAAUUACCACUAUCACAAAGGACAGAGGAUCCUGAAAGAAGGGUGGAGUUGGAAUUUUUCGACAGGAAUAUACCUGUAUUUGACUUGGAUGAUUUGCUUAGGGCAUCUGCACAAAUGCUAGCGAAGGGGAAACUUGGAACAACCUACAAAGCAAACCUGGAAUGUAAUGCUGUUGUGGCUGUUAAAAGAGUGGAUAAUAUGGAUUGCCUGAGCAGGAAAGAAUUUAUCCAGCAGAUGCAGCUGCUGGGAAAGUUGAGGCAUGAAACCCUGCUUCCCAUCAUCUCUUUUUACUUCUCCAAGGAGGAGAAGCUGGUUAUUUAUGAGUUUGUACCGAAUGGGACUCUGUUUGAGCUGCUGCAUGAUAACAGAGGCGUUGGAAGAAUAGCGCUAAAUUGGGGCGCGAGACUGUCUAUCAUAAAAGAUGUAGCAACGGCUCUGGUUUUCCUUCACCAAUCUUUGCCCCGUCACAAGGUCCCCCAUGCCAACCUCAAAUCAUCUAAUGUACUCAUCCAUCAAAAUGGACCCCAAAGCUACCGUUCCAAGCUCACCGACUAUGGCUUCUUCCCGCUUCUGCCUUCAAAGAAAUUUUCCCAAAAGCUGGCAAUGAGCAGGUCGCCUGAAUUCUGUCAGGGCAAGAAGCUCACACACAAAACCGACGUGUACUGCUUCGGCAUUAUCUUGUUAGAGGUGAUAACAGGGAGGAUUCCAGACGAUGACGAUCUUUCCGACUGGGUUAAGAAUGCUGUCGACAAUGAUUGGUCCACUGAUAUAUUAGACGUAGAGAUCAUGGCCGCCAGAGAAGGACAUGAUGAUAUGCUUAAGCUUACAGAAAUAGCUCUCCUUUGUACAGAGGAUACGCCUGAGAAACGGCCGAAAAUGGCCCAAGUAUUGACAAUGAUACAGGAGAUCGUUUAGCUAGGCCA